AUGGGGCAAGCCACGCCAGCUGCAGGACGCGGUGGACAUGUUGCAUACAAACAGGCCCUCCUGAAUCUAGCCCAGGCUCCUCGAUGGAGGGGCCUCAUCAUCGGAACAUUUUCAUUCUUGCUUGUUUUCUGGAUCUGGCAAGCCAACUCGGAUCCCAACGCGCGGUCGAAGCUCUACAACAAAAUCUCAGGUCGACCACAGAAUGAUUUCAUGUGGAAGCCGCCAUCUGUGCUGGAGCCAUCGGAAUUUACGAUAGAGCUGGAAGCCGGAAAGACCUCGACUGCACCUAGCGGACUCAAGAAGGAGAACCCUCAAUUUCACCUUCUGAUCCAUGCACCCAAAAUCACGAGUAAUGUCUGUCGGAGUUUACUGUCAUCUUUCCUGUUGGACUAUCCGACUCCAACUUUGAUUGGAUACAGACCCUCCCCACCCAAUGAGACCAAGGAAGGAGAUUUCUGGCUCGAUUACGGUCUGGCAGACGUGACCGCAUAUCUGUCACAACAAAAUCGCAUCUCGGCUCAAGACUCUAUUGCCAUUGUUGACGGAGAGAGCACUGUUUUCCAGCUGCCCUCAGAGGCUCUCCUAGCCGAGUACGAUGCACAGACAAAACGUGUCAACGUGGAGCUGGGUAGCAAGUAUCGUGACAUACCUGUCAAGACAGCGGGUAAGCAGAAGUUGCAGCGCUUCAAUCAAUCGGUGUUCUUUGCAGCAGAAUAUCAGCUCGUGGAACAACCGCACAACGGAUUCCUCAGCAGAUUCAGACUUCCCGAGAGAAAGCAAAAGACGCUUCUGAACAGCAAUCUUGCAAUUGGAUCUGGGUCAGGACUUCGUCAUCUGUUCGAAACAGCAUCGGAGCAGAACACUCGCAUUGAGCGUACAGACCGCGAUACCUUCAACACCAUGUUUGCACAGCAAGGGCACCUUCGCACAUCCCAGGCCAAAGAGCAGCGCGAGUUGAAGACAUGGUUCACGCGUAAUGUGUUACCAUCCAACAAAAAGAUCAAGACAAAGAUGGCAGAGGAUCUUGCUGCAGCCAAGCAGGACCUUGGUAUGGGUCUUGACUAUAGGGCUACCAUCUUCCAGACCAUCCCAGCUUCAGCUCAGCAUGUCGCCGAUAGUGUCAUCCCGCUGUCAGAACACCCCAGCUUCCCUGUACCCGAGACCUUCAAGACCUUGCAAGAUCCAUUCAUCAUACACACUUCGACACCCCACCUCAACUCUACCAGCGCAGUCCUGAUUCAAAAACAAGAAAAACUUCCCUACGAUUUGCACUGGACAGACGUUCCCCUAUUCACCAACCCGAGGUCUCAACGAGUGCCCUCGUUGAUCUCCAUGCUGCCACCGAAAGCCAAGGACAACACGAAAGCAGACUCGAAACUUCUCACAGCUCCAGAUACCAACAUGCGCGAACUCUGGGAGUCAAUGUGGUUCUACCCCUACGCACGACCACUUCUCAAACAAUACCUUUCCAAGUCUACCAGCAAGGAAAUUGCCUCCGAAGCAGCCAUCGGCGGAGAACGUUGGUACGACGCCCGUGGCGGUCGCGGUGGUGUCUGGACCGUCGACAAUGAAUGGCUCGACGCCGCAGACCUUUGCGCACCAUUUGGCAAAGAGAUAUUCGAAGACGGAUACAGAGGAUGGGCCGAGGCUGUCCCUGAUGGCGUUGAGUUGUCGAAGGUUGAGAAGAGUCCGGAUGGUAAGGGCAUUGUCAUCGGAGAGCAAGUGAGAAAUGGGCAGAUUCACAAAAUUGUCGCUGUGCAAGCUGAGUCUUGA